UGAAGACUGCAAUUCUUUCACAUUCUCAUAUUAAUGGUUCACCAGAAUUUGAUAAUCAUCAACCUCCUCAAAUGCCCACUGAUAUGUAUCAACUUUCAUCCCAAAAAUUUUCAAAUAGAGAAAUAUUGUUGGAGACUGUUCGAGGAAUGGCCUACUCACUAGGCUUUGUUACAGUGAUUCAAAAAUCCAAAAAAAAAAAAACAGAUGGGUUAUUAUUGGUUGUGAUCAUGGUGGAUCAUAUCGAACUAAUCGUAGUCGUAUCCCUAAUAGUGGAAAGAAAAAGUCAGGAACUCGAUUAAUGAAUUGCCCAUUUCAAAUUUGUGGAAGAAUGAACCAAGGCACUAGUUGGAGAGUCGAAAUUAAAUAUCUUUCUCAUAACCAUAAUUUAUCAAGUGAUAUUUCGGGACAUCCUUAUACCCGGCGUUUCUCAAGGGAGGAAGUUAAUGAGAUUAAAGAGAUGAUUGCUGCCGACAUUGCUCCACGGCAGAUACUUACAAAACUUCGAAAAGGUAACUCUAAUCUAAAAGCAAUAUCUAGAACACUUUAUAAUGUGAAGGCUAAAAUUAUUAAAGAUGGGCUAGGAGGCCGUUCAAUGAUCCAAGCUUUGAUGGAUGAACUUGGUAAAGGUGGUUUUACGUAUGAUGUUGAGUGUGAUAAUGAAGGACAUGUGACACAUUUGUUGUUUUCUCAUCCAAGUUCGAUUGAAUUAGCAAGAAUUUACUCAUAUACUUUUGUGAUGGACUGCACUUAUAAGAUUAACAAGUAUAAAAUGCCUUUACUUGAUAUUGUUGGAGUUACUAGUUUUAAUACAUCAUUCUUUUGCGGUUUUGCCUUCUUAUUUAAAGAGGAGGAAAGUGAUUAUGUGUGGGCACUACAAAAAUUUGGUAAGAUUUUGGGUUAUGAUAAACAACCAUCGGUGAUUGUGACUGAUCGAGAAUUGGCUUUGAUGAAUGCAAUUAAAGUUGUUUUCCCUAAUACUUGUAAUUUGUUGUGUGUAUGGCACAUUGAAAAAAAAUUUUAGCAAAGUGCAAGCCUUUUUUUGAUGAUGGUGAUGAAUGGGAUGUGUUUAUGUCCGAUUGGACAAAUUUGAUUGAUUCUUCAACUGAAGAUCAAUUUAAUGAAGCUUGGUCUGAAAUUGAAGUGAAGUAUGGGAAGUACAGGGAUAUUCUCAUUUACAUUCAUAAUACUUGGUUUCCAUGGAAAAAAUAUUUUUUUAGAGCAUGGUCAAGUGAAUAUAUGCAUUUUGGACAUGUUAGUUCUAGAGCUGAAGGUUCACAUGCUACUUUGAAGAAAUACCUUGAAGUUUCGAGUGGUGACCUUCGCACAGUGAAGGAAAAAAUUUGUCAUGCUGUUGAUCAUCAAUAUAAUGAGAUUAAAACACAAUUGUCAAGUGAGAAGAUACGCAUUCCUCAUGACUUGCGUAUCCCCUUCUUAAGUAAGCUCAUAGGUCAUGUUUCUCAUUUUGCAUUAAGAAAACUCCUUAACCAAUUUGAGCUAGCUUAUUCCGAUUCUCUGUCUCCUACUUGUAUUGGUCAGUUUUCAAAAACUAUGGGUCUCCCUUGUGCUCACGUGAUGAGAAGGAUGACAAAUGAGGAUUUAAAGCUUGACACCAUUCAUUACCAGUGGAGAAUGGACAACAUAUCACUUUCAAAGAACGGAGAGAAUCAAGAUGUUCAUGGAGAUCGGAUUGAUGUGCUUGUACAAGAGUUACAACUCAAAUAUCAGCAAUUGCCUCUUACUCAAAAAGAAGGUAUUCGAAAACAAAUUUCUCAAUUUGUUAGUCCUUCAAGUCCUUUGGUUCUUGAACCCAUGAUUCGUCAAUCUAAAACUCUUGGAACUAAUUCAAGAAAAAAGAAAAAACAAAGUUCUUCUACAAAGAAGGAUCCUUCAGGUUUUGAGAUGGUCGAAAAGGUCAGAAGGUGCAACAUGUGUGGCAACAUGAAUCAUGAUCGUAGAAGAUGUCCUAAAAAUACUACUCAAAAUUCUUCAAUGUCCUUCAUGCCUCCAAUUUUUGAAUGGCUUGCCUAG